UAUGCAUCCGCCAACUCCCACCCUCUCUUGAAUGUGUUAUUUUGACUCGAGAUUCAAAUUUUCGUUUUUGGGUUAAUUAGUUUCAGUGAAGGAAACAAUUCUAAAUCAUGUUUAUCUUUGAUUGGUUCUAUGGGAUUCUUGCAUCCCUUGGUUUAUGGCAGAAAGAGGCCAAGAUCUUGUUUUUAGGGCUUGAUAAUGCCGGCAAAACGACGCUGCUUCACAUGCUCAAAGACGAGAGAUUAGUUCAGCAUCAGCCUACACAGCAUCCUACAUCAGAGGAAUUGAGUAUUGGGAAAAUCAAGUUUAAGGCUUUUGAUUUGGGAGGCCAUCAGAUUGCUCGAAGAGUUUGGAAAGAUUACUAUGCCAAGGUGGAUGCUGUUGUUUACCUGGUGGAUGCUUAUGACAAGGAGAGGUUUGCUGAGUCUAAAAAGGAGUUGGAUGCUCUCCUCUCCGAUGAAUCCUUGGCUAAUGUUCCAUUCCUGAUAUUGGGCAACAAGAUCGAUAUACCAUACGCUGCCUCAGAAGACGAGUUGCGUUAUCACCUUGGCCUGACGAAUUUCACCACCGGAAAGGGCCAGGUGAACUUGGGAGACUCAAACGUUCGCCCCCUCGAGGUAUUCAUGUGUAGUAUCGUUCGAAAAAUGGGUUAUGGAGAUGGUUUCAAGUGGGUUUCUCAAUACAUUAAGUAGGUAGGUAUAGAGAAUUCAGAUAUGCUAUGUUUUCUUUCUCAAUGUUAUAUCUGUACCGACUUCAGUAGGGUUAUCCCUUUUCACUUUUGCUUCCAUUUUUGUUUGAAUCGAUAAACAUACUUUCCAUCUA